AAAAAUGAUCUUCGAAUAUGCUGUUCACAAUCUUAGCCCAGUACUGUGUGUAGCAUCAGUUGAAUGUAAAACGAGAGGUAUCAUAAAAGAAGCAGAGAAAUUAAAUGAAUCAUUCGGUCAGGAAAUUGCUUAUGCAGAAGUAAUUAAAGAUCGCAUUUAUGUUGUUUUUCCAACUAGCCAAAAGGACAUUGUGAAGCAGUUUAUUGAAGGCUGUAAAAAUGAGAUAGGAGAAGAGUUGAUAUCAAGACAGUUAACAGUUAAAAAUGUGUUACUUCAAAUCCCGUCAAUAAAACAGGCUUACCUGGACAGUGGCAUUGUUCGGUGUAGACCUAGGGAUCAAGAAAAUGAAUCUGUGUGCAUAAUUAAAGGCACACAAAGUGUUGUAAAAACGGUUGUUAGUGAGCUCCAAUCAGAUAUGGCAUGUUUGAAAACGCAUGAUGUGAGUUUCUGUGCCAUGAUCAGCAAUGCUCUAGAAGAUUUGCAUGUUGAAGACAUUGUCAAUAAGCGUCUAGAGGAAUUGUUUCCAAACUGUGUUCUAGAGCAAAUAAAUAAAUGCCUACGUUUAUUCAGUAUCAAUGAAAAGGAGUUAUUAAAUGCUGUUUCGUAUGUUGGCAACCUGAUCAUAGGAUGGGAACAACAAAUACAGGGAGAUAAAUCUAAGAAACAUGCGAUUGUGAAUCAUUUGAAGGAAAAUUAUGCCGAUCAAAUGUUGGUAGGCUUUGAUGAUAAAAAGAGCUGGUUAUAUGUAGUAGGUCUAAAAGAUGCUGUAGAAAAUGCGCAAACCGAGAUUUUGGGUAUUCAUGAAGGGCAAGUCAUUGUAGAUAUGGCAGUCGGUGAUAUCGAAGCGCAACCUAAAGUCAAAGACAGUUACCCUGUGCGUACAAGUUUGCAUUUAAGAUAUUUGGAAAACUCUAAGUACAUACGAAAAGGAACUGAAACUUUAAAUGUGAAGAUAAUGUUCCCCCAGAAGGGUUAUACAGUAGAUGUUCAUGGUUCCAAAGACAAUGUACAUAAAGCGAUUCAAUUUAUUAGAAAAGUUGAAAAAGCUAUUGAGAGAGAAGAGAUCUUGUUUACAGAGAAUAAAUCCGUUCAGCUAUUAUUGUAUUCUGAUUCAAGUCUUCAGUUUCCUCAGCUAGAGAAGGAUUUAAAUGUUUUACUCGAGAAGCAGAACAUUCAAAUAAUUGGUAACAAAGAAACACAAAUUUUAAAAGAAGUUCAUGACGAUCACACCCAAUGGUCAGUCUCUGAAAAUAAGAAAAUGAUUCAGUUAGAGACUUUAAGCUUGGAAAAAGUGAGUGCAUUUGUUAAGAUAAAACCCGCAAGAAGAAAUCAAAAUCAAGAGAACAUAUUAAAAGGAGGAUACAUUGUGGAGGUGGGCAUACCUCCAUGGAAGGAUGGAUCGCACUCGGAGAAUGAAGAAUUGACCAACAUCCUGUCGAAAGUUAUGAAUGAGGCGAGUCGUAGCAGGGAGCACACAUCGACUGUUGCAUUUCUAUUAACAUCCGUCUCAGACUGGACCUUUGAAGGAUUCAUGAAAUGCGUUGUAAACUUCAUCAUGAAAUGGCUUCUUACAUGCCCAAAUGAAUUGCCUCACACGGUAAAACUGUGCGCAGAAGAUUCGAGGAGUUUGUCAAACACGGAAGUAUACAUUGAUCAGUGUGCUGCUUUCCAAAUUCAAGUGUCACAACAGAUACGGGAUCUACAGACUACUGUUUGUAAGGGUCAGUUAGACCAAAUAGAGGCAGAUGUGUUAGUGAAUACAGCAGCGCCGAAUUUAGAUCUUACCAAAGGUUUUGUGUCAGCCUCUCUGUCAAGAACAGCUGGUCCGGACCUCCAAAAAGAAUGUCAAAGUAAAUAUCCGAGAGGUAUCAGAGCCGCCGAAGUGGCAGAAACCAGUGGUUACAACACACGAUGCAAGAAUAUAUUCCAUGUUGCAUUACCACCGUAUUCCAAACAUGCGCCUACGAGCUGCAUUGAGGGUUUUCAGAAAGUUAUGAUGAACUGUUUGGAGAGAUCUGAUGUCUUAAAACAUACUUCAAUAGCUUUUCCGGCUAUGGGAACAGGAUCUUUAGGUUACCCAGUAGAAGUUGUUGCAUCAGAAAUGUUUUCAAGUAUGGAGAAGUUCAAGGAGAGAAACCCUCAUUCAACUCUAGAAAGAGCAUUUUUAGUUAUUUAUGACAAAGAUGAUGACCUGUUUGAGUAUUUUAAGAAGACCCAAAAGGAAAUUUCGACUUCAGCGGUCUUACCGUCCUCGAAACGCAAUAGGAAAUCCGCAGUAAGAAUAACGGUAACUGGCACGAAGACAGAUAUAGAAAACGCAAAAACUCACUUGAAGAAAACGUUGGAAGACAUAAGUGCACCUGACAUCGCCUCCAUGAGUAUCACUGACGUUUCAAGUACGGUAUUCGGAGCUGUCAAAGAACUGUAUGAUAUUCAAUUAAAUGCUCUUCGUGACAAAGGUGUAGACAUAGAUUACAUACAAAGCAGAAAUGAGCUUUCAGUGAGAGGUCUGAGAGAUUUAGUUAACUCAUCCAUAGAAACAUUGAAUAGAUAUCUUGAGCAAACAACGAAGAUGCAGAGUUGUGAAAUAUCCGUUAGACAUGUUUCUGCCACAUCUGUUCAUGAAAUCCUGCGUGAUUUACGCUAUGUUAGGAAAGACGUUUGUUAUAUCCAUGAUCAGGAUUCUAGAAACAUAACAGUUUUUGCCAACUCACAAAAAAUACUUUGUGAUGUUAAGACGGAUUUUGAGUUGAAAUUUAACAAUACUAACGAUGCAGAUCACUUGACAUGUGGUCAGCCUGUGUCAUCGAGACGUAAGGAAGAAAUGGAUACGUCAGAAACUGUGGAAACAACAGGCGCUAGUCCGUUACAUUCAAAACCGACGGUUUAUAGAUCAUUUUCUUGGUCAAAAGACUCGAAACAUUUGCGUGUGUAUACGCAUAGAAAUAUUGUAGUGAAAGUAUAUGAAGCUAACAUUCUUGACGUUCCUGUGGACGGCAUAGUCAACGCUGGUAACGAAAACCUGCAACAUUGUGGAGGUAUCGCUAAUGCUAUUGCUAAAGCUGCUGGUAUUGGGUUGAAGAAAGAAUGUGAAUCUUUGAUACGUGAUAACAAAGGUCCACUCGACGUAGCAUCUGUCGUAUGUACAAGUGCUGGAUCUCUCAGCUUCAAAUGUAUCUUGCAUGCAGUUGGCCCACGAUGGUCUGAUUACAAGCCUAUUACAAAGAUCAGCUUAAAACAAUGCGAACGCGAGUUAAAGGAAACAGUCAUUCGAUGUUUUAAGAUGGCUGAGGACAAAGAAUUGGAAACAGUCGCUUUACCAACCAUAAGCUCUGGCAUUUUUAAAGUCCCGAAAGAUGUUUGUGCUAUACAGUAUGCCAAGGCUGUGAUGGAAUUUAAAGGACGUAAACAACUGAAAGAAGUCCACUUUGUAGACCUGGAUCCAGCAAUGAUCGACAUAAUACACAAAACAUUCGAAGCAAUGAUAACGAAGAGAGAAAAACCACCGUUUGAUGUUAAUAUCUAUUUGAAGCAAGGCAAACCGGCUGGCAUAAACACAUCCGAAAAUCGUACACACCAUAAAACUGGAAGACGCGCUAAAAUGUAUUUGCCAAAACAUCUUAGUAGUAAAUCACCAGAGAAAAGUACUGAUAUAGUUGCAUCGUAUAAAUCACACGGUUCGAAACUGACAUGCUUUUUUGAAUCAGAGCCUGUAGCAGAUGUAUAUGAAGGCAAUUUUUUUACACUGAACGGUAUAGAGGGUGUUGUCUGUAGCGAAGACGGGACUGGUCAGGCCAAAGGAAUGAUAGCCAAACUGUUGUUACAGAAAGGAGGUCAGGAAUACAGAAAUACAAAGAAUUUGCAGUUUACCUCCAGGCGAAGGGAUGGAGAGGUGAUUAUUACUCCGGCUGGAGACAAUUUAUUCAAAUGGAUCUUUCAUGCUAUCGUUCCUCGAAAUAUUACAGAAGGAAUGUCGCCGAUAUAUAGUAAUAUACUGCAAGCAGCAAAGGAAAGGGAAAUUGUAUCUCUUGCGCUGCCACUACUUGGCACAGGUAGCGGGAACAUGGAUGAGAUAAGGAGUACAGAAGAAUUAUUUAAGGAAUUGAUCGAGUUCCACCGACAAAAUAAGCACAGCUUGCUCAAAGUGCAUGUUGUACUGAGGGAUAAAACAGUUGCAAUGGUAGUGCAAGACGUGUUUAGAAGGUGUGUAAAUGAAAUUAGUCCGCAGGAGAAAAACGAUACAGAAACAAAGAGACAGCAGUAUGAAGUCGAUGAAACGCUAGACGAUGAAGACGAGAAUGUCACUACUGCAGAUAGUAAUUCGGCAGCAGACGAAGAUUGUGUUAUAUGCAUGGACACCAUAGACGACGCGGAGAUACUAAAGUGUGGUCAUAAAUUCUGUAAAGAAUGUAUUGAAGGGUAUUUUAAGGUAAAACAAGUAUGUCCGACAUGCGGUCAAGUUUGUGGUAUAAUCACUGGUGAUCAGCCUGACGGAACAAUGGAGAUUGCCAAAAGACAAGUACGUCUUUCCGGAUACGAACGCCACAACAGCAUUUCAAUAAUGUACCAUUUCAAAAGCGGAACACAAGGGGAACUUCACCCUCGGCCUGGAACACCUUACAGUAGUAUAACUCGUACAGCGUUUUUACCUGACAACACAGAAGGCAGAGAAAUAUGUGCUAUGCUGAAGACGGCGUUUGAGCGACGUCUUGUGUUCACAAUUGGAACGUCCAGAACAACUGGGCAAGAGGGAGUCAUCACAUGGAAUGAUAUACACCAUAAAACAGACAUGAGACCAAAUACUCAGUUCGGCUAUCCUGAUAAGACCUAUCUACAACGUGUGCGUGAGGAGUUAGGGGUAAAAGGUGUUACUUUAGAAGAUAUUGACAGAAAAUUCCUGAAGAAUCUGGAACAACAUGAUUUCAAACAGACCAUUAAUUAGAAAUUCGUGUGUCGUUUUUAUAUACAAGAUAUCUGGAAAUUCCACGAUUACGAUGUUAUACAUUAUAAAAUGUACUGAUAGGUUGAAAGUAACGAAAUAGACGAAGUGGAAACUCCGGUCUAUGUAAUUAUAAAAGCUCAAUUCUAACACGAUCCGAUUCAUUUUCCUAUUAAACAAAGAAGGCUGGAGACAGUGAUUUAUUAAACAACAAUUCACUGUUCUGACGUCACAAUUAUUACGUCAUAGCGUCAAGCGGCGUAACGGCGCACUGGAAAAGAACCCGAUUGAAAACGGGCAAAUAUUUAAUGCAUGCCGACAAGGUAUACUUUAAAGUCCUUGAUAACGUGUUAGAAUCGAAAUAAUAUAUCUCAUUUAGUGAUUUGCUCUUGAAUAAAUCACUGUUUGUCGUUCAGAUGCGUAGCAUUAUAUCACUCGGGCUACGCCCUCGUGAUAUAAUUCCUUCGCAUCUGAACUCCAAGCAGUGAUUUAUUCAGCGACAAAUCACCGAUGAGAUAUAUUAUUUCUUAAAUAUAUGCGAUGAACAGAAAUUAAUGAUAUAUAUUGUAAUGGUUAAAUAACUUUUAAGACACAAUCAACAAAGUGAUUAUUUCUUCCAGUGGUGCUCUCUUCCAAUGCAUUUCUUUUGUAAAGCAUUUCGUAUUUAAAUGUUGACAUUUAAAACACACACACUUAAGUAAUACAUUUUAUAGCGGAAAUGUUUUAACAUUGCAGUUAUGUUUAUGUUAGAAAUAGAGAAAUUUAUAUUUUUCAUCUGAGACGUUAUACUAGAGACAGAGCUCAUUAGAUGAUUUACAAAAUUGUGUUUUCUUAGUAACAACGGAUUGUUUCACGAUAUCCCUUAACAGAAAAGUUACCGUUCAAAUAUUCAUGAUUUUUUUUUGUGACCGCUUAAAUGUAAGCUGUGCUUAUUUUAGCUUAUUCUGCUAGGAAGCAAGGUUAACAAAGCAUUUAAUGUCGGCACUUACAGUUUUAAUAGAUAUUUUCUUUAUACUUUAAAUUACGUAUGUAUGUCAAUGGUUAUAUGUUAGAAUAACCCAUGCUAGUUGAUUUACAUUCGAAAAUGUUACGAAAAGAUGUAACCUAUAACAGAGAACAGGGCUCAAAAUGUAACAAAACCUAUUAUAUUCAUAUGUUUAUGGAAAUAAUUGGGAAUGCCCGUUAAAGGUAUAUGAGAACAGUUCCUUUCUAUAUUUUAGCAAUGGUUGAUAGAAACCUUUGUAGUAACUUAAGAAAGGCGUGUUUUAUUUUUAGACUGAAAUCGUGAGAAACGGACAAGAUAGGUAAGAAAUAAGUUAAAUAUGUUGUGAAAUUUGUAAACUUAUGAUAUUGAUAAUGAAUUUAACUUCUAUCUGAUUUGUAAAAGGUAUAGCAAUGAUAGAAAACGGUAUGUUGACAGUUAUUAUUCUGAAUGAAACUCGUUAAUCUGGUUUUCACUAACAUGUUCAAGCCUUAAGGUAUUAGAUCACUAAUAGUAAUGUUUACAAAAUGGCCUUUGCUUGGUAUAUUCUUCAAGGUAACCGUGUUUUGCACUAUUUUGCAAUUUUUAAACAACUUUUACCGUGCCGUUUUUUAUAAAUUUUGUAUAACUUAUGUUAUCUCCUCAAGCUCAAUUAGAGACAAAUUUCAAUGUGAAUGCCACUAUCCAAAACGUUUGCAGAGAACUCAUUUUACCAUUAAUUUUAAUAAAAGAAACAUCAAACUAUUGGUAAACAAUUAUAAAACACAAAAUAAAAAUGUCAAUAUCAUUUUUUCUAUUGUACCUCAAGUAAACGGAUUUAAUGAGACAGAAUUCAUACUUCAACAUUGAAAAAAUUAGGUCGAAUGCUGUGUUUCUGUUAUGCAAUUUGUUUACUUUAUUUAAAAAUAACCUUAGGGCAGGCGUAAAACCUACCUAAAUUUCUUCCACAAUAUAUAAUCUAAGAGUGAAAGCAAAAUAGAGAACUUUCACCGCGUGUAACUCAAUAUUUUUAAAGAUGUGUUACUCUACCCCUUCUGUUUAAGUAGUACAUGUAAAUUCACUUUGAACACAAAGAAAUCACUUAUAAGAUUCAUCUUUUUUCCAUUUUUGUACAAGAAAUCAAUAAUAAGUCUUGAAAGAAGUAAAAACUUAAUAGAAAAAAGGAAAAUAAGGGGGAAAAAGUUGGUCCCAGUAGGGCUUGAACCUACGCCCCCCUAAGAAUUGCAGUAAAAGUAGGUUUAUGGUAGAAAUUGAAUACUCUUCAAAAAGGAGGUUCUCUAUUAGUGAUCUAAUACCUUAAACGAACAAACAUGUUUUUCAAACGGGUGCUUAAAAUUAACAGUAGUUUAUUCAGUUAGUUCUUAACAUAUAAACCAUAACAGUUUUCCCGCUAGUUUUAAUCAAUCAUAUGUAGCCUCGAGUAUUAGUGAGACACAAUGUGAAGUCUAUAAAAUCAUUUACAUUUAGACUAUGAAAAAUGUCAAUGUUUGUUUUUGAGACUGUACAUAUUCUCUGUGUGUGUAUAAGCUAAACGUUAAGUUAUGCCAAACCCCGCCUAAUAAAGUUGUAUUAUAUUUUUAUUUCAUCUUUAUAUACACCCAAGGACUUGAAAAACGCCCCAUCUAUGGAUUUGGAAAAAUUUUAUCGAAAAUUUUCGUUAUGCAUAUAUUGAUGAAAUAUGUAUAAUAAUUACGGGUAUUAAGGAGGUAAUUUGUCUGUACUAAACAAAGCGUGACUACCGCUGAUGAAGCUCACAUCGUUUUGUUCAAGGAUAAAUUGAUUUUUACGUUGCAACACGCUAACGUAGAUGACGUUCACGUAAUUUAAAACGUUCAUGUUGUGAUGACAAACACGGAACCAUACAGCCGCAUCCUUUCCAGUAUAAUUUCGGUGAGACUACUUUACCGAAGUGACUAGUUGGUGUUUGAUAUUUUCGCUUUGUAGCGUUCAAUAAGAGUUUGAGAGACGCCUACUCCCGAGAAGAAUGAAUGCCAAUACUGAUUUCAAAGAAUAGAUCUUUGAUUUAACAAAAGUCGGGAAUUUUAUGAAUAAGUUUAUAGUCGACUCCAACAUGUAAUAACACUUAAUUGUUAUUAACGCGCGCUGUGAAAUUUAUAGCUUGAAAUAUAGAACGAGAUAUACGUACACAUGCGACAACGUUCACGCUUCAAGUAUCACAAGAGAAACCACUACAUCAGAUCAGAUUUAAUAAUUAUAAAAUACUUUCAUGUUGCAAGAAUUAGAUAAUCGCCAUUUAUGGAUGUAACGUUUUUUAAGUCCUCGAGUGUACCCAUAUUUUAUGUAUAUUUGAUAUACAUGUAGCAUUCUAAUUCCGUAAGAUUAUUGCCAGUUCUUUUGUGUUUUUCUUUUCAUUCUUCUUUUGCAUAUAUCAAAGGUCACACUUUGACGGCAAAAGGUAUACAGGAUCUGUUUCAAAUUUUGGACACUUUGACACUGUGUUGCGUGCAAGACAAAUGUCAGUAUUACAAGAUUACAUUUGGAGGACACGGUUUUAUUGCGUCUAUAUACAAUUAUAUACCAAUAUCUUGUUGUCGUACACAAUUAUACAAAGAUUCAUUUAUUCCAUCUGUGAUUCGUGAACGGAACGCCUUCCUUAGCAAUAUUUCAGAAACACUUAAAUAGCGACGCAUCUAAAUCACCGCCGCAUUACCUAUCAGGAAGUAGGAUUGGUCGAAUACUACAUACUUGUCUCCGUCUUGGCUGUAGUUCCCUAAAUUAUGACAUUUUUCGUAAAUCAAUUUCAAAUAUUCCUUAUUGUACAUGUGGUGAUGUAGAAACAACAAAUCACUACCUUUUAUCAUGUCCGAUUUAUAUACAAGAAACAGAUCUGGGGUAAUUAAAAAUGUAAUUGUAAUUAAUUGCAAUUAAAUUACAUUUCCUAUGUAAUUGAAUGUAAUUUGUAAUUGGGUCAUUUAUCAAUUACAUGUAAUUGUAAUUUAAUUAAUUACAGAACAGUUUUAGGGUGUAAUUGACAAUUACAUUUCAAUUACUUUCCAAUUACUUUCCUCUGAAUUCAGCAAGAAUGAACUUACUGAAACUUAUAAAAUAAAUGUUAUAAAAUACUGCAAUAAAUGUUAUUAAAAGGGUCAAGGACUGUCUUCCCUUCUGCACCUGUACAUAAGUUUAUGUUCCUAUCAGGGUUUUUAUUUAAGAUUGUACAGCGUAAAUAGUGAUCAGAAAUUACCGUUUCCGUUCAAUGGUGGUGGAAUUAAUAGUGUCAAGAGCUGUGAAACAUAUAUUCUAUUCAACUGGAUUUAAAAUAAGGCGCACGCAUAUAGCGGUUCUCCAUUACAGGAGGGAAGAAGAAGACAUGGCACAUGCUAAUCCAGUUUCUUUAACAAAUAGUAUAUAUAAGUUUAUUACCAGUGACACUUUACUUUAACAUGCUAAUUUGCAUUUCAUAGCUGUGAAAAAUAACAUAGAAUAUUAUGAUAGGUGUUAAUCCCUUGGACAUAACUCCUUUGUUCUGAUAUAAUUGUUUUUAGCUCACCUGAGCAAUGCUCAGGUGAGUUUUUCUGAUCGCUCGAUGUCCGGCGUCCGUCGUCCGUCGUCCGUCGUCUGUCGUCUGUCAACAUUUAGCUUGUGUAUGCGAUAGAGGCUGUAUUUUUCAAUUAAUCUUCAUGAAUAUUGGUCAGAAUGAUAACCUUGAUGAAAUCUAGGCCGAGUUCGAAAAUGGGUCAUCUCGGGUCAAAAACUAGGUCACUAGGUCAAAUCAAAGAAAAACCUUGUGUAUGCGAUAGAGGCUGUAUUUUUCAAUUAAUCUUCAUGAAUAUUGGUCAGAAUGAUAACCUUGAUGAAAUCUAGGCCGAGUUCGAAAAUGGGUCAUCUCAGGUCAAAAACUAGGUCACUAGGUCAAAUCAAAGAAAAACCUUGUGUAUGCGAUAGAGGCUGUAUUUUUCAAUUGAUCUUCAUGAAUAUUGGUCAGAAUGAUUGCCUUGAUGAAAUCUAGGCCGAGUUCGAAAAUGGGUUAUCUCGGGUCAAAAACUAGGUCACUAGGUCAAAUCAAAGAAAAACAUUGUGUAUGCGAUAGAGGCUGUAUUUUUCAAUUAUUCUUCAUGAAUAUUGGUCAGAAUGAUAACCUUGAUGAAAUCUAGGCCGAAUUCGAAAAUGGGUCAUCUGAGGUCAAAAACUAGGUCACUUGGUCAAAUCAAAGAAAAAACUUGUGUAUGUGAUAGAGGCUGUAUUUUUCAAUUGAUCUUCAUGAAUAUUGGUCAGAAUGAUAACCUUGAUGAAAUCUAGGCCGAGUUCGAAAAUGGGUCAUCUCGGGUCAAAAACUAGGUCACUAGGUCAAAUCAAAGAAAAACCUUGUGUAUGCGAUAGAGGCUGUAUUUUUCAAUUAAUCUUCAUGAAUAUUGGUCAGAAUGAUAACCUUGAUGAAAUCUAGGCCGAGUACGAAAAUGGGUCAUCUCAGGUCAAAAACUAGGUCACUAGGUCAAAUCAAAGAAAACCCUUGUGUAUGCGAUAGAGGCUGUAUUUUUCAAUUGAUCUUCAUGAAUAUUGGUCAGAAUGAUUGCCUUGAUGAAAUCUAGGCCGAGUUCGAAAAUGGGUUAUCUCGGGUCAAAAACUAGGUCACUAGGUCAAAUCAAAGAAAAACAUUGUGUAUGCGAUAGAGGCUGUAUUUUUCAAUUAUUCUUCAUGAAUAUUGAUCAGAAUGAUAACCUUGAUGAAAUCUAGGCCGAGUUCGAAAAUGGGUCAUCUUGGGUCAAAAACUAGGUCACUAGGUCAAAUCAAAGAAAAACCUUGUGUAUGCGAUAGAGGCGGUAUUUUUCAAUUGAUCUUCGUGAAUUUUGGUCAGAAUGAUAAACUUGAUGAAAUCUAGGCCGAGUUCGAAAAUGGGUCAUCUGAGGUCAAAAACUAGGUCACCAGGUCAAAUCAAGGAAAAACCUUGUGUAUGCGAUAGAGGCUGUAUUUUUCAAUUGAUCUUCAUGAAUAUUGGUCAGAAUGAUUAUCUUAAUGAAAUUUAGACCAAGUUCAAAAAUGGGUCAUCUGGGGUCAAAAACUAGGUCACUAGGUCAAAUCAAAGAAAAACAUUCUGUAUGCAAUAGAGGAUGUAUUUUUCAAUUGAUCUUCAUGAAAUUUGGUCAGAGUGAUUGCCUUGAUGAAAUCUAGGUCGAGUUUGAAUAUGGGUUAUCUGAGUUCAAAAACUAGGUCACUAGGUCAAAUUAAAGAAAAAUCUUGUGUAUGCGAUAGAGACUGUUUUUUUUCAAUUGAUUUUUAUGAAAUUUGGUCAGGAUGAUUGCCUUAAUGAAAUCUAGGUCGAAUUUGAAUAUGGGUCAUCUGAGGUCAAAAACUAGGUCACUUGGUCAAAUCAAAGAAAAAACUUGUGUAUGUGAUAGAGGCUGUAUUUUUCAAUUGAUCUUCAUGAAUUUUGGUCAGAAUGAUUGCCUUGAUAAAACCUAGGUCGAGUUUGAACAUGGGUCAUCUAGGGUCAAAAACUAGGUCAUAUCUAAGAAAAUGCUUGUUUUAUCGCAAGAGACCAAUUUUUGGGUCCAACAUGGUCAAACAUGGUUUACACUGUUAUGGUGUGUUUCUUAGGUGAGCGACCUAGGGCCAUUUUGGCCCUCUUGUUAUUAGAACCAACUGGUAAUCUUUGAUGAUGUUUGUCACUAUGUUUUGAAGGAAAUGAUCAAAUUAUGAUUUGAUACUGUUAUAUGCAUCAUUAUUAUUUACAUUUUUAAUGGAGCAAAAAUUGAAAUGCUUAGCAUUUAGUUUAAUCAUUUUUUAUCUGUGAUAAAAUUCGUUGUAUAAAAUGAUACAAACUACAUAGCAUUUGACACCACUGUCGUACAAGAUAAAAAAUAUAAUUAUUAUUGUAGACAUUAUGAGUAUUCUACAGUUUUAGUGACAUAGUUAUUCUAGGAUGGCUCAUGAAUGUUUUACAACUUAUUUUCAAUGUGGUCCUUCGGAUAACAUCAAGUGUGAAGGAUACAAACUUUAAAUAUAUGUUUAAAAUGUAAAUUAUUAAAUACUGAACUAUACCAGUUAAAUUUGCAACAUAUUGCGGAACCAUCAUCACAUAAACUUCAGAGAAAUUCAGACCUCAGAGAAAUACCUGACUUUACAUGCAUCUUCUAACUGAAUUCUCCUUGACAAUGUAUUAACUAUUAAUUUAGGGCUAACUUUUAGCUCCUUUUGCAAUAAUAUCAAAGACUGAGUGAUGUUCUCCUGCAAACACACAUUUUACUUUGAGCUUAAAUUCAAUUUUGAAAUAACUGAAAUCAGUUUACAGGUGAAUUAUCAUGUAUAUGUAGUACAAAGUAACUUUGCUACAGUGUUCAUGUAAGAAGCACCACAUUUGGUAUUGUAAUUCAAUGUAAUUAAUUACAAUUUAGAAUGUAAUUGUAAUUUAAUUAAUUACAUUGCUAAAUUUCAUGUAAUGGUAAUUGCAAUUUAAUUGGACAUUUCUCAAUGUAUUUGUAAUUUAAUUAAUUACAUUUUAAGGUAAUUGACCCCAGGUCUGACAAGAAAGACAAUUACUCCUAAACGAAUAACUUUGUGCACCCACCAUUGAUAACUUACUGUUUGAUAAUGGGGGUCAUUCAAGGCUUUACAGGGAGCGUUAAUGGGAAUUAUAUUGCCUUGAUGUAAUCGAAUAUUAUAUGGGUGAUUUUCAUCAGGUAAAUAUAACUGAUUUUGACUGUCUAUCUUGGUGAAGAGGGUUAAUUAUUACGAAUGUUCAAAUUGUGGACCUACGAUACAUGGAAUAGAAUAAUGAAGUAGUCCGAUUCGGUGGAAGGUCAUGCUUUCAUGAAGGUGGGCCAAAGGAUUUAAUGCUAAUUAAACAUUUCCUUCGUUUUCUCAGUACAGAAAUUCACAACUUGGUGUAGUGUUUGAUGUGAUUCAAUCCCUUUGAAGGAUAUUCUAUGAAAGUGUAUCACAGUUAAUUAAUAAAUUAAACCAUUCUUGAACUUUUAAUUCAUCGGGGAAGGAAACAAAUAACCAAAAAUAAUUGACUUGUCUGUAACUCUUUUUGUCUUGCAAUUAAGGGAAAAUUUGUGAUACACUGUAGUUUAUGGGCCUUCCAUACUGCGUACAAAUAUUUGGGUCAUUUGAAGUACUGAUGAUACAGUUGAAUGUGUUUGAAGAUAACAAUAGGCUUUUACAUAUUUUGAAUCAUAAAAUGUUAUUAGAAUAGUACCAUGUAUAGGUAAAACUUUCGUCUUCAUUUUGGUAAGCUACACAUUGUGUUAAUUUUUCAGAAAUAUGGAGAAAAUUUAUGUUAAAGCAGGUCACCCCUCGACCAUUAAGCGUGUCCUUAAACUAACAAAUAACUAGACACAAACCAUACUUUUGUUACACCCUAUAUUUAUAACAUGUUUUACUGUCAAGGAAAUGAAUUAGCAUAAGUAUUCGAUGAAAGUUUGUUUCAGAUCCUUUACAUUAUUUUUGAUUGUAAAUUUUAUCGUAUGUAUGUGAUUUAUGUAUAUAUUAUGUUAAUAAAUACUGUUUAAACCAAACUAAACUGUCUUGUAACAGUGUGAUUCA